CACACACGCGCAGAGACUGGUUCUAACUCGUCUCACAGAAGCGUGAUCUGAAGAAAUUGAAACAAAAUUCGCAAGAAAGAUGCAAUACAAGAACCUAGGUCGAUCUGGGUUGAAGGUAUCGCAGCUAUCCUAUGGAGCAUGGGUUAGUUUCGGCAACCAAAUCGACGUCAAAGAAGCCAAAAUCUUACUCCAGUGUUGCCGUGACAACGGCGUCAACUUCUUUGACAAUGCCGAGGUCUACGCUAAUGGCCGUGCUGAAGAAAUCAUGGGCCAAGCCAUCCGGGAACUCGGUUGGAAACGCUCAGACAUCGUGGUGUCUACGAAGAUAUUCUGGGGUGGUCCUGGACCUAACGAUAAGGGUUUGUCCAGGAAACACAUCAUUGAGGGGACGAAAGCGUCGCUGAAACGGCUCGAUAUGGAGUAUGUUGAUCUGAUUUAUUGUCACCGGCCGGAUUUAUGCACGCCGAUUGAGGAAACGAUCAGGGCCAUGAAUUAUGUGAUUAAUCAAGGGUGGGCGUUUUAUUGGGGGACAAGUGAGUGGUCGGCUCAGCAGAUCACGGAGGCUUGUGAGAUUGCAAAGCGGUUGGAUCUCGUCGGACCGAUCGUCGAACAGCCAGAGUAUAAUAUGUUUGCGAGGCAUAAGGUUGAGAAUGAAUUUCUUCCUCUGUAUAACAACUAUGGAAUUGGGCUUACCACCUGGAGUCCACUCGCAUCCGGAGUUCUUACUGGAAAAUACAACUCAGGAGUUCCGGCUGAUAGUCGGUUUGCAUUGGAGAACUACAAGAAUUUGGCAAGUAGAUCUUUAGUAGAUGAUGUGCUGAAGAAAGUUAAGAACUUGAAACCAAUUGCAGAUGAACUAGAUGUACCCAUGUCCCAGCUUGCAAUUGCAUGGUGUGUUGCAAACCCUAACGUAUCAUCUGUUAUUACUGGUGCUACAAAGGAGUAUCAGAUUCAAGAGAACAUGAAGGCGAUAAACGUCAUUCCAAAGCUUACGCCUGAUGUGAUGGAGAAGAUUGAAGCGGUUGUUCAGAGCAAACCAAAGCGACCAGAAUCAUUUAGGUAGAAAUGAUGGCUGGCUUUCAUGACCAUAAGUUGUUUUCCUCAUUUCCAAACAAACAAUGUUUUUUUUCUGAAACUUAACGAGUCUUUUGGUUGGUGAACCCCAUGUCAUCAACAGUGUGGUUAUUGUUGGGUAGGGGUGUGAUAGUGAUUGGACACCAGCUAUAAUACAUUACCAGAACAGUCAAUUUAUGUGCUGCUCUUCAUGAUUGCUUUAUAUUGUGUUUGAAUCCAGUAUAUUUUACUUAGGCGCUGUUUGAC